CGCUCUGCGCAGGAUCGGCCCCUCACCGGGCGGGCCCCGCUCCCCGUGCCGGCGGCGCGGGAGGCGGACGGGACAAGCCGGCAGGGGCCGGGGCUCCGGGUGAGGAGCGGGGGGAGGGCCGGGGGGCACCGGCAGCCCGCCCGCUCCCCUCCCCGGGGCAGCGCGGCCCCAGCAGCGGCGGAGCGGGAGUGCGGAGCUGUCCUUCAGCACCACGGCACCUGCCGCCGCCGGUGCCCGCGCCGGGCCGGGCCGUGAAUGGUCGGCGGGGCGGGGGGGGGCCGGCCGGGCGCGCAGGCGCAGGGCGGCGCGGCUCCUCAAGGUGUUGGCGGCGCGGCCGAAGAUGGCGACAGACUGAGGGCAUGGGGCCCGGCGGCGGCGGGCGCGGCGGGGCCCCCGAGCUGGCGCAGCCGACGGGGAAGCGGAAAGCCGAGUGAGCGGGGCCGGGGCAUGCCCCCGAGCGGCGGGCGGCGAGCCGGGGCCGGGGCGGGGAGCGGCGGCAGCGGCAGCGGCAGCGGCGGCGGGGCCGAGGCAGCGCGGCGGCCGGCGGCGGCCUGUAGGCGGGGGCGCGGGCAUGGCGGCAGCGGCGGCGGCGGCGCGGCGCGGCGGCCGCAGGUGACAGCGGCAACAGCGCGGCGCGCCCCGCCGCCGCCGCCGCCCCCCCGCGCCGCUCCCGCAGCAUGAUCCGCGGCGCCUGGAUGUACCCCCGCGGGGGCGCCGCCGGCGGGGCGGUGUGCUGCGCGCCGCGCCGCAGCGACAAGCCGGUGGCCGACCCCGAGCGGGCGCAGAAAUGGCGCCUCUCGCUGGCCUCGCUCCUCUUCUUCACCGUCCUCCUCUCCGACCAUCUGUGGCUCUGCGCCGGGGCCAAGCUGCGGGCGCGGGAGCGGAGCGGCGCCGGGAGGGCGAGGAGCCGCGGGCCGCGGGCCCUGCUGGCGGCCGAGCCGGCGGGCGGCAGCUGCGAGGCCCUGCUCGGUAACCUCAGCCGGGCCCCCGGCCCCUGCCCCGCCGCCCGCGGCGACCUGGACUCGGCCUGCGCCCGGCUGCACGCCCUGCAGCGGCCGCGGGGCUCCCCGGCCGGCGCGCCCCUCCGCUCGCCCCCCGCCGCCGCCCCCUUCUUUGCCUCUCCCUCCUCCAAGAGGACUUUCCUGCAGGCUUACUUUAGGAACUUCAACCUCUCCUUUUGUGAUACUUACACGAUCUGGGACCUGCUGCGGGAGAUGGCCGGCCCGGAUGGCCUGGACUGCAGCGUGGACAACCUGAUGGUGGACUUGGUGGUGGCAGCGGCCGGGGCGCUGGGCGGGGAGGCCUGUAGCAGCUGUGUCCAGGCGUACCAGCGGCUGGACCAACACGCUCAGGAAAAAUAUGAGGAGUUCGACCUCUUGCUGGAGAAGUACUUGCAAUCGGAAGACUACUCGGUCAGAUCCUGCCUGACAGACUGCAAGGCUGUCUACAAGGCCUGGUUGUGCUCCGAGUAUUUCAACGUGACCCAACAACAGUGCCGACACCGGAUCCCAUGCAAGCAAUACUGCCUGGAGGUGCAGACCAGGUGCCCGUUUGUGUUACCGGACAAUGAUGAGCUGAUCUAUGGAGGUUUGCCUGGCUUCAUCUGUACAGGGCUGCUGGAGAACCAGCUGCCUGACGAGGAGGCCAAGUGCUGCGAGGUGCAAUGGGACUCCUGCGACCACCCCCCAGACAGCAACGACAACACAUCCCCCAAAUCCACAACGUCAGAGUCACUCCAUUUCCACCGCCACGACCCCCACCUCCAUCACCAGCGGCAGAACCACUACCACCUCUACCACCACCACCACCAGUACCACCAGCCCCACUCCCCAUCCUUGCUGCCGGUCUCCGCAGGGUCUCGCUUCAGCAGCAGCAGGAUCAGACUGUGCGUGCUGGUCCUGAUGCUUCUCCACACCAUGGUGUCCUUCUCGAGCGUGCACAGCGGCGGCGGGGCGGCCGGCGGAGGGCUCAGCCUGGAGGCCCUGCCUGCCCUGGAGGAGAGCGUGGCACGGGACGAGUGACACGGAGGGGAAAGCUGACCUCCAAGAAGAACGCCAGAUCUUUUUCCACGAAGGGGGGCACAUGCUAUUCCUCCAAUGGGAGGCACGGGAUUGGGGGUGACGCGCACACACACACCCCUGCACAUACCCCCAAGAGCUGCUCGCCGCGGGGCAUCCCCGUGAUGAAGAGUCUCUAAUGCGCACAGGGCUGCGGGACUCGGCUUUGAGAAGGGUUCGGUCAGUAGCAGCCGGCACAGGAAGAAUGAAUCUUCUAGCCUCCGAUACGUUCGGACAUCGCACUUCCGGGAUGCCUUCAAACCUGGAGAUGCUCCCAUGUGCUCACGGGAGUUUAAAUUUGGAAGAAACUCAACGCGCCGGAAUGCCGCGAAGCGGGAAAAGCCGCGGUUCAACGAGAACCGAUGUGAGGGAGAGUUCUGAAGAGACCCCCAAAGAAAGUGUCCUUGCCCUCUUGCCCUUCUCCACUCUGAGCGCGGGAGAUGCUGCUCCUGGCAGCCGUGGCGAGGUCUCUCUGCCCCUCUGCCACGGGGGGGACCUUGGCGGGGACCAGAGCACCCCCCGCCGGGGCGGCUUUGCCUAUAGGGGACCAGGCUGCUCGUGACCGAACCCUUCUCAAGUGCUUGUGACAUGUCGGUGGUUACAGAGCUCAGACCUACAAAACAAAAAAGGUCCUUUUACAGUACGUGGUGGCGAGGUGAAAACAAAACAAAAAACAAACCAUACUGCUGAAGUCAAAAUAUUCUUUCUAUUCCCCCUGCCCGGUUUCUCUUUCUUUCCAGCUUUCUUCCUCUGCCUCCUGGACCCUCCCUCUCUGUUCCCACCCCCCUUCUGUUUCUCUUUCUCCCCUCUGUCAUAAGAAAGUGACUGUGUCCUCGAGGGGACAGUUUUCUUAUGCCAUUUUAUACACUGUGCUUCAUGUUUAGAACUUUUUUGCACUAGUUCCUAUUACAUUUAUUUUCCAAAAUGGUUUGACAAAAAACAAAAAAAAAAAACCCAAACAAAAACACAAAAACCAUGCUAUAAUUCAGUUGUAUUAAAAAUAUUAUCCUACUACUCUCUGUGUUCAAUAGUCUCUGUACCUGUAAUGCUUUCAGUUCUGUUGUAUUUUGGGGCAGAGGUUUUCUCCGCUCCUUGUUUAACCCAGUAAAGAAAUAAAAUGUUAAGAAUUGAUGAUAA